UCCUGAUCUCAUGAACUGUAUCCAUGAACGUGCUCGAAUAGAAAAGAGUUACGCACAACAACUAACGGAAUGGGGAAAGAGGUGGAAUCAGCUAGUGGAAAAAGGUCCGCAGUAUGGAACUUUGGAAAAAGCGUGGCGUGCAUUUAUGACAGAAGCAGAAAAAGUGAGUGAACUCCACCUUGAAGUGAAGCAAGCUCUCAUGAGCAAAGACUUUGAAAAAAUUAAAGAAUGGCAGAAGGUGUCAUAUCAUAAACAGAUGAUGGGAGGAUUUAAAGAAACCAAAGAAGCAGAUGAUGCAUUUAGAAAAGCCCAAAAGCCUUGGGCAAAAAGGCUAAAAGAGGUGGAAACUACCAAGAAAGCCUAUCAUGGAGCAUGUAAAGAAGAGAAGAUGGCAGUUGCAAGAGAAAGUAACAGCAAAAAUGAUGCCUCUCUAAAUCCUGAGCAGCUCAAAAAAUUACAAGAGAAAGUGGAACGAUGCAAACAAGAAGUUGAAAAGACAAAAGAGAAAUAUGAGACAGCACUAGAAGAGCUGCAACAGUGCACCCCACAGUACGUGGAAAACAUGGAGCAGGUGUUCGAGCAAUGUCAGAAUUUUGAAGAGAAACGACUAGACUUUUUCCGGGAAGUGCUAUUAGAAGUUGAAAAUCACCUGAACCUGUCCAACAAUGCAAGCUAUAAAGCAAUCUACAGUGAAUUGCAAGAUAACAUAGAAAGUGCAGAUGCUGUGGAAGAUCUGAAAUGGUUUAAAACAAAUCAUGGUCCAGGUAUGCCAAUGAACUGGCCACAGUUUGAGUCAUGGUCUGUUGAUCUGAACCGUACGCUAAGCAGACGAGAGACAAAGAAGAAGCCUGUUGAUGGUGUGACUUUGACAGGCGUUCAUCAGACUGCAGAACAGCCUUCAUUGAAGAACAAAAAUAACAGUAUGGUUAAUGCACAGAACAGUAUAGCGCAGCUAAGCAGCAACCCAUUUGAUGAAGAUGAAGAAGACACCAAGAGUACAACCACUGAAAAAGAAGAAACUAAACCAAAAAUUAUCAGCAACCAUGACAAAAAGCAGGGUUCAGAUGAUGAGGAAUCUGCCAAUCCUUUCAAUUCUGCAAAUACCAAUGGAGAUAACAAUCCCUUUGAAGAGGACCAUGGAUCUGAAGCUGAAGUACGGGUGCGAGCACUCUAUGAUUACGAGGGUCAGGAACAAGAUGAGCUCAGCUUUCACACUGGGGAUGAAUUCACUAAAAUAGGAGACGAAGAUGAGCAAGGAUGGUGCAAGGGUCGUCUGGACACUGGAAAGAUGGGACUGUAUCCUGCUAACUAUGUGGAAACAAUCCAGUGAUGCACAGUUUGCUCAGAUGUUAAUAGGCUGCAUCAGUUAAGACGGUUUCUGCAGUACAGAGUAAUGCACAAUGAAGAUCAGUAUAUGGAACUGUACAUAAUCAUUUCAUGCAAGAACUUGUGGGUUAUUUGAAAGAUACAUUAAGCUGUGAUGCUCCACCUACUUGGAAUCAUGUUAAUCUGCCAUAGUUUUUUAUGAAAUUGAAUUUUGAACUAGCCGUGAUGUAAAUAUCCCAGUCAAGCCUGUAAAAUGCAAGUAUUGCAUUACGGAAAAAAAAUCAUAUGGGCCUGGGAGUCAGUAGUAGCAUGUCCACACUGUAGGUAUUUAUGUAUUUUUAUAACUUUUGUUUUCCUUUUUUUUCAGUGUACAACUUAACUUCAUGUGGCUUUUUUGCACCUUGUUUUAAAGGACAGUUUCUGGCUUCCAGUUUUAAGUGGCCUUAUUUUGAUUUAUAUUUCAAACAUACACUUAUAUAUGUAAUAUAAAUAUAAUGUUGCUGCUGUAUUCAUGCUGUAAUUUAUCAGAUCUUGACUUUUCUAUUGGGGUGUGCGUCUUUGUAUAUACAUGUGUACAGUGGGGUUAAAUCGAUGGACUGAUUCCUCCAUCUUUGGUGUGUAAACAGCCAUCUUUAUUGUUAAUGCUGUGCCCACCCCAACAAAACAAAAAGUGCCUUAUUGCAUCCAGCCUUCUCAUGUUCCAGGGAUAAGAAGUUUAAUAUAGUAGGUAAUCUAGGAUAUUUUUUUAUUUGUGAUUAUUCUAAAUCUAAACUUCCAGUGUAUGCUUAAGUGGUCACUGAAACACAAGCAGAUAAACAGGUGAUGGAUUGUGCAUCUUUGCUCCAAUAUACAUUCCUUAUGUACUUAAGUGUAGCAAUAGCCAAAGCUGAUUACUUUCAUCUACCUGUGAAGUGUAUCGGACUCUGAUGUAAAUUCUAAACCCGGGAUAUAUAGUAUGAGCAGAGACUUUAUCUGUGUGGAAACGCGACUUGAGAAGUGUGCAUCGGUAUUCUCUGAGACGAUGCACAGUCCUGUAACACACUUGUAGGUGUUGCAAAAUGAGACUGUUUUACCUGUUUUAAGCAGUGUUCAUUUGCAUGUAUCUCACUGCUUUUUACCUCUUUGUUAAAUAAACUAAAUACCAAUUUUAUAAUUGCAGUGUUAGGUGACCAGUGUUGUUCACAUGGUAACUUACAUUAUUAUCUCUGGGUAUCUGUUACAAAUGGCUGUAGUCAGAGGGAUACCAAAGUUACGCUUUCAGGUUUUCAUUGUUAAUACCAACACUGGUUACGUGCUUUUCACUGUUAAUUGUGUUGUCACUAAGAAUGGUUUUGUUAUAAAACAGAAUGGUUAAUUACAAAAAAUGUAUUUUAGUGAUUUUUUUUUUUUGUUUUGAAGUUUUGGUUUUAAGUGUCAUUUAUCCAUUAUCAGAGUCCUCUUAAUCCAUCUUGGUGCCCAUCAUAGUAACAGUUGUUGCAAGACAAGAUUUUUACCAGAUAGGAGACCAAUCCAUCAGUGCAGCAUUCCCAUUUGACUACACACACACACACACACACACACACACACACACACACACACACAAAAUCAUGUGACAGUUU